AUGUCUUCACCUCCAACGUCCAAGCGAAUCAAAACGUCGGCAACAACUAGUGCUCCAUCACAUCUUCUCGCUCAACAACAAAUUCACCCUUUCCAUCGAGUCCCCGGUUUCGAAGGAAUACCAAUUCCAACCGCUCCGAUUCCUCAACAUACUCCCUCUCGCAAACACCCACAAUCUCCGACCGCAAGUUCGUCCGCCAUGAUGACAGGGCAAAUGAAUCCACAGGCACUUGAGGACCCUGGCUCCCUACCCCCGGCCGAGCCCGCCCCAAAGAAGAAAGGUCGCACAAACACGCCAUGGACAGCCGAAGAAGAGCAACGCCUGAAGACAAUGCGCGAUGCUGGUCGCAGCUGGUCGGAGAUCGCAAAGGUGGGGGAAGCCGAUGACACAUUUCCUACUCGGACAGAAGGAAGCGUGAAGAAGCACUGGUACAAAGACAUGCAUUAUGCCGAGUUCGCUGAAGACGAGUCCGUGAAACUCCGUGACGCGAUCAAAGAAUACGAGGCGAACAAGUGGAAAGUUAUCGGUCAGAAAGUUGGCAAGCCUGCCAAGGCAUGCGAACAAUACGCAAAGGAACAUUUCAAGAACCUCUAG